AUGAUAAAUCGAGUCGAAAUGUCGAAAUGCACCUUUUGGAGAAUGCUGGUGGAUCGUUUAUCAUCUACAUCUCUGCUUCCUAUCAAGUAUUUAAUUGAUUUACAUCUCGGUAGUACUGACGAGAAUUGCAGAAAAACAAUGGAAACAAAAAAUGAUGCAGUAUUAAGUAGAGAACAACGGUCGAUAUCAAAACGUGAACAACUGGAAGCCGAUUCAGCAACAAAUUCAUCGUUCACGCAGACGAAGCCUUCAUUGGAGCAUUUUAUGGAAGAACGAAGUGCUUGUAGAGCGACCGAACAAGCCGAGCCAGUUGAAAGUGAAAUCGACGAAUGCGAAGAUGAAAUCAAUUCGCAGCAAGAACCAAAUGAAGAUAUAAUUAAUAUUCCUGAUUUUAAAUUAUACAGGGCAUCCUUGUGGAAAAGGCUCAGAGGGGAUGUCUCCGAAGGAUCAGACGAUGGUGAUGACCAAAAGAAAUGGUCUGGUGUGCACCAGCAACAACCCAGUUCACGUGACCAUCGAUUUUUAAAUGAUAUCACUUUGGCACUAAAGAGACUAAAAUUCCAAUCUCGGCAAAUAAGAAGGAGUUGUAAGUAUGUUUAG